CCACAGUACACGCCAAUUGCUUACCGGUACUGCUGCUUUGUUUGCUAAAUCCCUAGACGUUACAACAUAUCAUGAGUUGAAAAACCAUCUGAUACAAAAUUUCGGCACAACCACAUCUUUAGAGAGUGUAUACAAGCAACUGAGAGGACGACGACUUGCACGAAACGAACCCGUCAUAAGGUAUAUUUUGGACAUGCAAGCUAUGGCAUGCGAUGUACCCAUCCCAGAAAUGGAUUUAAUUAAUAUUAUCAUCGAUGGAAUCGGUGAUCCCAUCAACGAGGCAUGGAUUAGAUUUUCUGCAAAAUCUAUGGGCGAUUUAAAACAACUGCUGAAAAGAUAUGAGGAGAUUCGUCCACGUAAUGCUGCCACACCAUCAUCAUCAGGGUCCAUCUGCCAGCCGUUAGGAUCAUCAAGCAACCAACAAAGUGAAGUAAGAUGCUACAACUGUUCGAAAUUCGGGCAUUAUAAAAGUUCCUGCCCAAUGCCGCGUAGACCACCAGGAUCGUGCUUCAAAUGUCACCAAGCUGGACACGCUGCUCGUAAUUGCCCGAACAACAUAAUCAUUCCAUCGGCAGCAGCUCAUCACUCAGUUCAGGAUAACGUACAGCAGGAAACAUUUAAUACGGAUCUAGAAGAAUUUCAACAGGAAGCCCAGUGAGCUUUAUAGAUUCUGCUGUAGUGCCCAAAACUCUUUUGCAACCACCUUCAAUUUCACUAUAUCAGGGACUCGGAAACCAGAGAUUAGUCGUCUGUGGUGAG